AUGCAAGUGCCCUUCAAGGUGUCAGUGGGCUUUGUGGUUCUGUUGCAACAUCUUCACAUGGAAUUUCUCUGCAAGGUGUCCUUGGGCUCUGUCAUUCUGUUGCAACAUCUUGACAUGGAACUUCCCUUCAAGGUGUCCGUGGGCUCUGUGGUCCUGUCGCAAGAUCUUGACAUGGAACUUCCCUUCAAGGUGUCCGUGGGCUCUGUGGUUCUGUUGCAGCAACAUCUAGACAUGGAACUUCCCUUCAAGGUGUCCGUGGGCUCCGUCGUUCUGUUUCAACAUCUUGACAUGGAAGUUCUCUUCAAGGUGUCCUUGGGCUCUGUCGUUGUGUUCCAACAUCUUGACAUGAAAAUUCCCUUCAAGGUGUCUGUGGGCUUUGUAGUUCUGUGGCGGCAUUUUGACAUGGAAAUUCCCUUCAAGGUGGCGUCAGUGGGCUUUGCGGUGCUUGUGCAACAUCUUCACAUGGAAUUUCUCUGCAAGGUGUUCUUGGGCCCUGUCGUUCUGUUGCAACAUCUUGACAUGCAUUUUCCCUUCAAUGUGUCCGUGGGCUCCGUCGUUCUGUUGCGACAUUUGACAUGGAAAUUCUCUUGA